AUGGCCGCCUCUCCCGUUCAGAACCCCGCGGUCUCAGCCGAAUCCAAGUCAGCCAAGAAGAAGAAGGCCAAGGCCGCCGAGCGCACCGAGUCCCCUGCUCCUACUGCCUCUCCUGCCCCAGAGAAGGCUGACGCCUCCGACGAGUCCGGCGAGACUGCCUACAUUCGCGAGAUCCAGAAGAACAUUCGCAACACCACCAAGAAGCUUACCAAUGCCUCAAAGAUCGACAACCUGAUUGCCGAGAACGCUGGCAAGUCCCUCGACGACCUCGUCGCUGCUCGCAUUAUCAAUGCCGACCAGAAGGCGCAGUACCUCAAGAAACCUGCCCUGCAGGCCCAGAUCUCACAGUACGAGGAGCAGAUGGCCCAGUACAAGAAGAUCGACCAGGAGUACCGCACUCGUGCUACUGCUGAGAAGGCAGAGCUUGAGAAGUCCUUUGCCGAGAAGCUGGAGAAGGAGAAGGCCGCCGCCGUCGCCGAGGUGAAGGCUCAGCAGGCCCAGCAGGAGGGUGAUUCUAGCAAGAGCAUCAACAGCAAGCUCCUCACCCUGUCACAAUUCCUUCGUCUCGCUGCCGCCCGCCGCUCCGAGGAUGCCGACCAGAGCAACGAGGAGAACAAGGCCCUGGAGGGUGUUCUUCUCGCCAUCUACACGGGUGACGACAGUGCCGUCGCCACCAUGCUCAAGCUGAUUGACGGCGCCGAAGAGCAGACGUACAGCGUCAAUGGCGAGCUACUCGAGACAACCUUCGGCCAAGUCAAGGCAGCUGCCAAGGCCUACAAGUCUCCUUAUGACGAGCUUGCGCCCGCCGAGACCGAGACCGCUGCGACCGAAGCCGUUACCGAUCCGACCAUUGCCAACGCUACCGUGAACGAGAUCGAGGCUGGCGAUGCUGCCAUCACCAACAGCCAGACCGAGGAGGCGGCCACCGAGACCCCCACUAACGCCAACAUCGGUAGUGGCGCCGGUAACGCCGCCGGCGAGAAGUGGGACCAGUCGGCCGACAACAGCAUGUCGCUUUCUCAGGAAUGGGUUUCCGUUCCCCGCGAUCCUGCAGAGACCGAGACUGGCGUCGAGGCUACCCCCGCUGCCGUUUCCAACACCCAGUCUUGGGCCGAUGACCAGCCCGAGCACCACGAGAUCCAGCCCGAGACCCCUGCUCCCGCUGCUGCCGACCCCAACGACGGCUUCCACCAGGUCCAGGGCCGCAACCGGGGCCGUGGCGAUCGUGAGGGAGGCUACCGCGGACGUGGUCGUGGUGAGUGGCGCGGCGGUCGUGGACACCGUGGCGAUGGCCGUGGCCGGGGAGGACGUGGCGGCCCUCGCGGCGGCUCCAUCUCUCAGCGUGGACCCCGUCGGACUGAAGAGUCAUAG